CUUGGGCCUGACCCUCAAAUUUUUCCUUAUGCCCAGCGCCAAGUCUUGCCGAGCUCAAGGCCAAGUGCCAAGCAGUACGCACAAGGCAAUGAGCAUUGUCAUGUCUCGCCCGCCAUGGCGCCGUCUCUCCCCUUGGUUCUUGGGGGGUUGAUCGUCAAAAGUCUUGGGCCAUUUUGUCCUUGUACUCUGCUGUCGCCGCCUCGAUUUCGGGUCUGGCGGCACCGUCAACGUACAAGCCUCUUUCUUGUCCUUUUCUUCGCUUUGGCUUGGUCUUAUUACUAUUAUUUUUUUUUCUGUUCCUUUUGGGUCGGUUUUUGCCCUUCCGGAUCCCAUGAUAUGAAGCCUCAAAUCCACCCGGACCGGUCUCUUCGGACCCAUUUGAACUAAUUCUUGCUCUCUUCACAAAGUCAAUUUGCUGUAAUACUUGUUUUUUGUGUCUUGGAACGAAAAAUAAGACUCCGCAUUUCCCGUUGACUGUCCUAGACAACGAGACAGUGAACAUAUAUUACAUUCGAUUCCACUUUCAACCUCUAGACCUAAAACCAACGGAAUCCACAGCCACAAACGCACAUCAGACCUGGAAAGCUAUCUUAUCAGACUUUAACUUGUCUCUAGCGUCUGCGUCUCGAUUGAGCUUUUUGGCUUACCAAGGUAGUCUACAUCCCUAGUCGAUCUUCGACUUGGAUCUCUAGACUUUACACGUGACGAAGCAUCAAAUAUAUCGCCCGAUCCGGACAUUAUCAAAGGACAUUAGGCUUUACUUCAUAUCUACGUCUAUCAGACGCAGGUAUCCACCUCACGACUGUCAUCAACCAGAGAAGGACAUAUUAAACACUCAAUGAAAGCAGAGAUUCCCGCCUGACAUCACCAGAUUCGGGGCUCAAAACUCACUCACUUGAGGGGCGUCUACUGUUCCAUUGCUCCUGUCAGGCUUGGGACCGGGCUGCCUGGACGGCCCGGUGGGGAUAACAUGGUAGCAUCACUCUUUGACUUCCAAAGACGACGAAGAAAGAUCUUGGACGAGGAGGAGGCGAACAGCCAACCGUACCUUGGCCGUGAAUCACUACGAUCUUGCGACAACCGAGAUGGCGGGCCCCGCGUGGUGAAGCCCGUCCUGUCCGAAACCUGCAGGGCUCACGCCGUGGCCACAAAGGACACUAGGACCUUGGACUGUUGCAACGACGACGAUGCCGAGCGCGUCAAGAUCGACAUUGGGAGCGGCACCACCCGCCGCGUCUUCUUGGUCCACAAGGCGCUCCUACGGCACUACUCGGAGUACUUUCGAGGGGCUCUCCGCGGCAAGUCGGCGUUGCAGGAAGCGGCGGAUGAGGAGUUUUACUUCCCAGAGGUGGACACGGAUGGGUUUCUGCGAUUCGUCCGCUGGCUGUACAUGUGCCGGACAUGCAAGAAGGGUGGAUGCCGGCUGUACGAGUUGGACCACAGGUGCAGCGGACAGCAUUCGAGGACGGACCCGGACGGCAUGUGGUGCGGCGUCAAGCUCGAGCACGACUACGUCCUCGGCGACUGGCUACUCUGCCCCCGAUACUGCAGCUUCAUCAUGUCGCACUUUGUGCCCCACGUCGACGACUCGAUGGACCCGGAGCGGAUAAGAUGGAUCCUGGCCAACACCAUGACCGACUCGCCGAUGCAGCGCUUCACGAGGCACUACGUGUGCUGGCUCAAGCUGCGCUGGGCGGAUGGCAAAUGCCCGGCCGACUGGGCGCGGUAUCCGGACCUGGUAGAGCUCGACGACGGUUGGGCCUCUACGGACCCGCGAAGAUAUCAGCUCGAGCACUGGGAGGCCGAGUGCAGCGUGCCGGCAUCCGAGGCCAACGCCAUGUGCCCGCACCGAAUCGCCGAAUCUUCACGGACAGACUCAGGCUCAGGCGACAUGUUGAACAACAAGAUCACAAGGGGACUCGGCUCAGCACCGAGGAAGAAGUUUUGGGAAAAGUACAGAGAUCCACUCAAGGCAUCAUUUGGCCUGCUGGUCCUGAUCUAUCACUUUCUCUUCCCUUUUGCUUGGGUCGGCAUUUCCGCUUUCAUUAUUGUGGCAGACGACGACCCUCUACUAUUCGAGGCAUCCAAAUACUACAGUCUCAUAACUGGCUGCCUGGCAGUCAUUGGCAUAUGGCCCAUCUGCAUGCGGAUGAUGAAGAUGUACUUUGCCAUGGCAUGCUCCAUACUUGUAGUGAUAGCAAGCGUGCUGUCAUUCGCGUCGUCCUCGACCUGCUUAGCUGGAGCCGAUAGGGACGUUGAACGAUCGAUCUGCAAGAUGGAGAUAGGAGUAGGAGUUCUACAAUUCUUCUACUCGAUCAUAGUGGCAACUUCAUAUAAAUGGUAAUUGUUUUUUCGCAUCAGUCAAAGAUUUUGUUUUUGUUUUGUUUUGGGAGGGUUGAAGGUCAAGAAAGCGUGCGUUCCAUGGGGAAAAGAAAUGAUGCAUAUUGUUUGGCGUUUCGGGGGAAGUUGCUUUCUCUCUCUUUUUAUUACUUUUUCUUCUUCUUUUACUUCUUAUCCUUUGCACGCAAGGGAGUUGAGAUUUGGGUCAAUCGACCUCACAUACCGGAAGGAUUUCUGCGUGGGUGGCUGGAGGAAAGGCGUUCUCUUUGGAUAUACCCAAGCAAGCAGGAUCGAAUGAUGGCCUGUCUGAAAGCAGGUCGGCGUUUUGGUUUUAGCGUCAUUACUAUUUUAAUGAGCACAUCUUGAACAAUACAUACUUUAUACAUG